UCGCGUCCGGCUGCCGGUCGCCCGCCCGCCAUGCGCCCGCCGCCCCGCGUCGCUCUCGGUCUGUCGCUGCUGCCGCUGUUGCUUGUGCUGCCCGCCGCGCUGGGCACCGCCCGAAAGACGACGCCCUGCCAGCGCUGCCGGACGCUGGUGGACAAGUUCAGCCAGGGCAUGGCCAGCACGGCCAAGAAGAACUUCGGGGGCGGUAACACGGCCUGGGAGGAGAAGACGCUGUCCAAGUACGAGUUCAGCGAGAUCCGGCUCCUGGAGAUCAUGGAAGGUUUGUGCCCGAGCAGCGACUUCGAGUGUAACCAGCUGCUGGAAGCACAGGAGGAGAACCUGGAGGUCUGGUGGCAUCGCUUGAAGAAGGAGCACCCUGACCUAUUUGCGUGGUUCUGCGUGCAAACGCUGGAAGUGUGCUGUCCUCCGGGAACCUACGGGCCAGACUGUCGUGCGUGCCAGGGUGGAUCCGAGAGGCCCUGCAGCGGGAACGGCCAGUGCAGUGGAGAUGGCAGCAGAGACGGGGACGGCUCCUGCCAGUGUCACCCAGGCUACAAGGGGCCCCUGUGUGCUGACUGUAUGGAUGGCUACUUCCAGUCACUGAAGCCCGAGACCCAGAGCACCUGCACAGCCUGUGACGAGUCCUGCAGAACAUGCUCAGGCCCCACCAACAGGGACUGCAUCAAGUGUGAAGCGGGCUGGGAACACGUGGAGGGUGCCUGUGUGGAUGUGGACGAAUGUGCGGCAGAGCCUCCUCCCUGCAACGAUACCCAGUAUUGUGAGAACGUAGCCGGCUCUCAUGCUUGCGAAGAAUGCGAUUCCACCUGUGUGGGGUGCACAGGAAAGGGCCCGGAGAAGUGCAAGGACUGUGUCCCCGGCUACAGGAAGGAGAGCGGGCAGUGUGCAGACAUAGAUGAGUGCUCACUGGCAGAGAAAGCGUGCACCAGAAAGAACGAGAACUGCUACAACACCCCAGGGAGCUUCGUCUGCGUGUGUCCUGACGGCUUUGGGGAGACGGACGACGAGUGUGUACCGCCAGCCGAGGGUGAAGCCACGGGAGACAGCCCAAAACAGCCACCUGCCCGUGAGGACUUGUGACCAGAGCCAGAUGCUCCCUGUCAGUCAUUCAGAGGAGCCCUGCAGGAACCAGGCUGUGGACAUGGCCCCGUCUGCAGGGGACUGCUCCAGGGAGCUGCUGCUGCCUUGAAAUGGUUGCUGCUCAUUUGGCCUUUAAAAGCUGCAUUUCUCAGUGGUUGUUCAACAGAUUUGUAUAUUUUGAUAUCAUUCUUUGUAAUAAAAUUGACCAUUGAAGGAA